AAAUACGGUCACACUAAACAACAUAGAACGCGGAAAACAUUCGAAAGGGAAGCGUCAUUUACCCAUUUAAAUAGUGCGCAAAUAAUAACACAAGCUUUGUUGCAUUGGCAUUCAGUGAGUAAAAGUGAAUCGGAGCAAUUUGCAAUAUGAAAUGGACCUGCAACAGUUUCUUUCCUUGGAGCGCCAGCAAUUGCAAAAGGAACGCCAGCGCCUGGCCAACCAAAAUCCUUGCCCUGCCGCCCUGCUAAUGAAGUCCACCGACCUCAAAGUGCAAUGUCGCAGGGCCAAGGAGUUUAAGGAACCCACGGAGUCCAAUGAACCCGCCACUCAGUCGUCUUCCUUGGCAACCGUCGGCCAAAACGAAGAACUUCACUUGGACUUGCACCUGGAUGAAGAGGAGGGUGCAGAGCUUCCGGAGGGGGUGGUGCACCCCAGUCCCUCGAAAUCGACCAAGGAAUUCGCGAAUCAGCGCCAGCUGCUCGUCGGCAGCGCUCGUCAGUACAAGUCGCCGGAUGCCUCGAUACGGCGCAAUUUGGAGAACGAGCGACCCGUCAGCGAGAACCGCUUCCCGAUCCGUCGGUCGGAUGAUAUGGAGCAAUGGGUUACGGACACAUUUUAUUCGUACUUUCCUGGCUUUAACAAUGAAAAUCAGAAGCGGCAGAAUUAUUUGCGUGAGCGACAGCGCGAGAACCAGCAGAACUUUCUCAAGCACCAGAUGCUUCAUCCGCCGGUCACCAAGCAUCAGCGACCGGGACAAGUGAGGAAGGCAUCCCAACCCGCUGCGGUUCCGGCACAAAACCGCUCCAGCCAAUCUAGCACAAGCACCUCGAACCACAGCACAACGGAUAAGACUGACUUAGAGUUAAUUGUAAAUAGUAAUCCCAACUAUGUGCCGCCUAAAAUUCGGCCCGGCACAACACGUCAAAAACUCCUCCAUGAUCUGGGUCAUGUGGAGCUGUCGAAUAUUGUGACAGGAGAUGGUAUUAUGGAGCGGAAUCUGCGGAGCGCCGAGCUGGAAACAGCUCGCAAAAAGGAUUACCAGCGGGAUUUAAUGCAGCAAAUUGAUGAGAAGCGUCGAUCAAUAGAAUUGAUUAGGGAAAAGGAGCGUCGUCAGGAGGAGGCUUUAACCAGACGGCUGGAGGCACAAUUAAAGACAAUACAGUUGGAGGAGCAGUUGGAGAAGGAGCGCCUGCGAGCUGAAAGGGCUCGCAUCGACUCGGAACAGAACCGCUUGAUGCGUGAACAGUUGUUGGCCAAGUUGGAACAGGAUGCCCAGUUGCUGCACGCCAAGGAGACCAACAAUCUAGCUGAAACGCCUAGAACAACGCGCACUAAAGGCAAGAGCAACAACGCCAGUAAUAUCAGCACAGAAAGCAACGCCAACAGGGUAUACAAAUACUUUAGUAACUCUGCACAUCACGAGUACAGACGUGGUCAGCCAUUGCCGCCUGCGGUUGAGCUGGACUUUGACGUGCCCCAAAUGGCCAAGAUCGAGCGCGAGUGCUUCCACCUAUGCGACAAGAUUUGUCCGCUCUGCGACGAACCGCUCAAGAGCUACGAGAGUUGCUGCCUGCGAUGCCAGCGGAAACUGGCCCUAAAACUGAAACAAAAGGAUCCCAAGCGUAAUGGAGAAAAUGCAGACAAACCAAGCGACGACUCAGAGGAGGGCAAGGAUGAGGCAGAGCAGGACGAUGAUCAAGCGGAGGAACCCAACCACAACUGCCAGAACAGCUAUGCGCUUGUGUGCCACAAGUGCGAGCGCCUCUAUGCCAUGUGCAGCCAGUGCCUGGCCAAAAGUGAUGUCUGCCGAGCUUGCCAGCGGGAGCGGAAUGUAUGUAUGAACUGUCGCCGCAAUCUGUGCUCUUUUUGCCUGGAGGAAGUUGCCUGCGGCAGGGACACGGAACGCACGCAUGUUAAUGACACGGAAACCACCAGGGAGCCGCCCUCGAACAAUUCCUUUCAAGUCCUGGAACUGAACUAUGCUGUGCCGCCAGCAAAAGAUUCAAAGGCCAGUAAUAUGGCUGAUAUAUCGCCUCCUUAUUCUGUUAACAUAGCGCGCAACUCGGUAUUCCAUGCCGACUACAAGGCCACGCCUGUAAAGCCGUCUAUCCUCGAACAGUUGCCGGCGACCUCGGGCAGUGCGAAUACCAGUUUUGAGCUGGACAGCGCCGACGAGCAGGCUGUGGAGCGGGUGCGACGUCAAACGGAUCAGAGGUUGUCGCGCUACCUCAAGAACUACGGCGAUCUGGCCACCAAGCAGCACCAGAAGUUGCAGCAGUUGGAGUUGCAGCGCAGCAAGAGCGAAUCACGGCAUCGAGGCACUCAAACGACACCUCAAUCGCUGGGUAGACGUGAUGUGGUUCUCAGGGAGGCGGCUGGUCACAAUCUAUCAAUGCCUCUGCUGCGCGAGAUGCCCAAAAUGACGCGGCAGGAGACCGGAGCACCCUUGGCUCAAAAUGGGCAGCGAAAGAUGGACAAUCUCAAGAAGCGUUGGGAGGUCCCUGCCGUGCAAAAGUUCACGGUUUCAACAUCAUCUCCUAAAAUCCUAACCCAAGUAGGAGCUAUAAGAAAACAGUUACAGGCAGCGCGAUUUUUUGAUGAUGUUGUUGAUGCGGAAGACUAUUAAGGAUAGGUCAACCACUCCUUUUUUUAAACAAAAAAAAAACAUUGUGCUUGACUCCCGUUUUAUCCGAGCAAAACGAAUUUAAUUCUUUUUGAUGUCUUCACAUUUAAAACCACCUUUCACUUUAUAAUUUCACUUUAACUCAUUUUGUAAACAACUCAUGUAGUUAUAGCUUUAUAGUGAGCUGAUUCCAAGUGCUUCGGCUGUUUCAUUCAGCAACUUUAAUACAUAAGCCAUAAAGUUUGUUAACGUUUAUUGUUCUUUUUUUACGAAAAUUUAUUAACUACGAAUGUGUUAAUUAAAAAGAUACAAUUAAAGACAAACUUGCCUAAACAAUUCAAA